CGACCUGCCAUCUCACCCGAGAGUUUCCUCUCUGCCUCCUGGCCCCCCUGGUUCACUCCUGGAGCUCAGCAGGACUGCUCGGAGUAUCUCAAGUACUUGCUGGACCGAUUACAUGAAGAAGAAAAAACUGGAAAAAGGAUCUACCAGAAACUGAAGGAAUCCAGCUUGAUGUCUCAGGCGGUGGAGCAUCAUUACUUGAAGAAGACAUUGAUUGAGAAGAUGUUUGGGGGUAAAAUGAUGACAAAGAUCCGCUGCUUGAAGUGUCUGAAUGUCUCCUCCCGAGAAGAAGCCUUCACAGACCUGUCACUGGCUUUCCCCCCACCAGACAGGCACGUACACAGGAGCACAUCUGUUUUAUCGGUGGAAGAAAUUGGCCCACAGUUUAUUGAGGCUCCUGAAAACCCAAACCAGCCAACAGGGUCUCCCUGGGUCAAGAGGAAGCUCCCCAUCGUUGGAGACCCUGCAGCCUCACCGAUGCCAGUGGAAACAUUGGGUUUCCAGGAACCUGGAGAACUGGCAGAUCCCUUAAGCAGUGAUGCCAUUGGCGCUGAUGCAGCCAAAGACCCUCUCUCGGCUUUUGGGGAGCAGGCAAGUGCUCCCAAAGACUCCAGAUCUGUCCCGGAUUUAAUCAACUAUUUUCUAUCCCCAGAGAGACUGACAGCAGAGAAUAAAUACCACUGUGAGAAAUGUGCUUCCUUGCAGGAUGCCGAGAAAGUGGCAGAGCUGACGGAGGGUCCACACUACCUCAUCCUCACACUGCUGCGAUUCUCCUUCGACCCACGGACUAUGAAGAGGAGGAAGAUCUUGGAUAACGUCUCCAUCCCCGUGGUGCUCAAGCUGCCCAUUCUUGCCACCCCGGAGGAAACCGAGGAGGUUUGCCGGCGUGGGAAGGACAGGGGUGCCCCGGGAAGUGGCUUCAUGUCUGUCGUGUACGACCUCUGCAGUGUGGUGGUGCAUUCGGGCAUCUCCUCCGAGAGCGGUCACUAUUAUUGCUACUCCAGGGAGUGCACUGACACCAUUCCCCACGGGCAGCCCCGGGAGGGAGUGCCGAAACCAGCCUCCGACAAGCAGCUGGACUUUGAAAUCCAGUGGUACCUCUUCAAUGACACCAGGGUUUCCUUCUCCUCCUUUGAAUCUGUCAGCAACGUCACCUCUUUCUUCCCUAAGGACACUGCCUACGUCCUCUUCUACAGGCAGCGGCUGGGCAGGCAGAGCUGCUCGCUGCACGAGGCUCUGGCCGAGGCCAGCAACCUGCAUGGUGAACCCUCCCUUCAUAAGGACUUGAUGGAAGCCAUUUCCAAAGAUAACAUCCUCUACUUGCAGGAGCAGGAAAAAGAAGCAAGGAACAGAGCCGCCUACAUUUCUGCAUUGCCGAAAUCCCCGCUGUGGUGGAGAGACUUUGACAGGGACAAGGACGAUGACAGCUCAUCGGGGGGCUGCAGCCCGGCGGCGGGUGGAGGUGGAUCUGGCUCCUUUCAUGGACUUGUCUUCUAA